GAGGUGCGGGAAGGACCAGCGCUCGGUGGCGGGAUGCAGGAACCCUCGAGCACCCAGGAGCUGCCGUCGCCGCCCCCGCCCCCGUCGCCGCCGUCGCCCGCGGCCCCCGAGACCCCCGGGCUCCCGGUGCCUGAGCAGCCGACCGAGGGCUAUGCACAGCAGCUGCUGCUACAGGAAUGGGCGCCGCCGGGAGGGAGCCUGGAGCUGCCCCCGCGCCUCACCUGGAAGCUUCUCUUCCUGCAGCGGCCGCUCUACCGCAACCUGCUCCGCUCUCCCAACCCCGAAGGCAUCAACAUUUAUGAGCCAGCGCCCCCUACUGGUCCCACACAGCAACCCCUGGAGACUCUGGGUAAUUUCCGAGGCUGGCACAUUAAGACGGAGAAGCUCCAGCAGGGCCUCAGCUGGACCGUGAAGCAGCAGAGUGUGGACCUUCUGGCGGAGGGCUUGUGGGAGGAGCUGCUCGACGUUGAGCAGCCAAACAUCACGGUCAUGGACUGGUAUGAGGACAGCCGACUGGACGUGUGUGUGUAUGAGCUGCACGUCUGGCUGCUGGCAGCUGACCGCCGCACAGUCGUCGCCCAGCACCACGUGGCCCCCCGGACCUCUGGGAGAGGCCCCCCUGGCCACUGGGUCCAGGUGAGACUCCCUACCCCAUCUGCCACCCGCACACGUGCUUUCGCAUCCCAAGACCUCACAGAGGGAGGAGAGCAGGGUUUAUGGGUCCCUCAUAAGAACUUCUUCCUGACCCUGGUGCUGCCCCAGGUGUCCCACGUAUUCCGCCAGUACGGCCCUGGCGUCCGCUUUGUCCACUUCCUGCACAAGACCAAGAACCGGAUGGAGCACGGUGGGCUGCUGCGGACGAGGGUGACCGACUCCUCUGUGUCUGUGCAGUUCAGGGAGUGAUUGGCUGGCUCCGGGCCCAUUCUGACCCCUUGUCAUAUCCAUCCACCCCUUGACACCUCCCUGAGCCCUUAGCAUCUUCUUGCUCCUUUAUCACUUCUGACGUCUUAGCGUCUCUCUGACCCCGUAGCAGCUCCCUGACCCUUAGAAGUCCCUAACCCUUGGCCCCUCCUUGACCCUUAAGCUUACCGUGUUCCCUGAGCACCUCCCUGCUCCCUCUAGACCUUCACGACCCCUCAGCUGCUCUUGGAUCACGUACCACCUCCUAUGCCCCCGUAAUCCUGCCUGACCCUCGGUUUCUCAUUUGACAUCUUCACACAUCUUUGAAUGUCUGACUCUCUGGCAUUUUCCAUGAGGGCAGUGGCCACUUCUUCCUGAGUCAGUGCUUGACAGAUAGUAGGGGCUCAAUAAAUCUUUGCUGACUGAAUGAAUAAAUACA